AUGUAUCAACCAAAUCCUUUACCACGAGCUCAAUCAGCUUCUUCAUUAACUUAUCAUAGUUCUCAAUACCCAAGGCCUCCUUUAUCACCCUCAGCAUAUCCACCACCUACAAGUUAUUCCCAUCCAUCUUCUCCUCCUCCUCCUAUAUCUGAAAAGGAAGAUGAUUUAAUUAAUAAUAUCUUACCUUCAUAUCAUAUGUUUCAAUCAACUGUAUCUAAAAAUUUAACUUUAACCGAUGAAAAUUUUAAUGUCGAACCUCCUAUGUAUGAAAUGACUCCGGUAACUUCAGCUACACCAACUAUACUAUCAGUAUCAGAUUUAAUCUCCCCCACUGAAUCAUCUAAUAAUAGUGUUGAUCAUUUCCCAUUCCCGUCCAUACCCGAAGAAUCAGAAUAUCAAAAUCAUCAUCAUCAACAUCCAAUUGAUCCAAAUGACGAAUCAACUUUCAAUCAAGAUUCAGCUGAGAUUUGGGAAAACACCAUCCUUGCUAAUGUCCAUAAAUUAUCCAAUAUUUCCAAAUUAAAAAAUAGUCCAACGGCAGAUUUAGAUAUAAAUAUAACCGUUACUGAGAAAAUUUGUCAAAAGGGGAUAAAACCAACCAUCAUAGAUAUAUCCGAUAAAGAAUUCAAACAAGGAGAUUAUAUUCAUGGAUAUGUCACCAUCAUUAAUAAAUCAGAUAAACCCAUCCCCUUCGAUAUGGUAUAUGUCGUAUUUGAAGGAACGUUAACCAUUCUUGAUAAUAAUAAUGGAGUAUUAGAUACAUCAAAACCAUUGUCAGUGUUUAAAUUCUUGAAUAUGUUAGAUUUAUUCGCAUCUUGGUCAUACGCUAAUAUUGAUCGUUUAGUGACUGAUAAUGGUGAUCCUCAUGAUUGGUGUGAUGGUGAGACUGAUCCUUAUGAUAAUACGGUGUUAUCGAUCGAUGUUAAACGAUUGUUUCAACCGAAUGUUACGUAUAAACGAUUUUUCACGUUUAAAGUUCCUGAUAAAUUAUUAGAUGAUAUUUGUGAAGAUCAUGGAUUAAUAAGACAUUGUGAUUUACCUCCUAGUUUAGGAAUUUCAAGAAAUUCAUUACCAGCAUCAGUAUUAAUGGCUCAUAAAGAGUCUCGAAUUAGAGAUUUAACUUUUAUUGAUAGUGCGAUAACUUAUAGUGUUGAUGCGAGAAUCAUCGGUAGAUCUCAUGAUUAUAAUUAUUUAAUGGAAGAACGGGAUCGAUAUAUCAUUGCUAAGGAUGCCGUAUGUCCCAUCAGAGUCAUCCCUACUAAUAAUGAAGAUAUUUAUAAUAAGAAAGCAAUCUAUGAAGAAUCAAAAUUAUUCUAUAAGGCAUUUCAUGAUUUAAUUAAAGAGAAAGUUGAUUUUGCGGAAGAUUUAUUAAAUGUUUCAACUCAAUCUCGAGGUGGAUUAUUCAAUUUAACCCCUCAAAGUUCAAGAGAUUCUUUAACUCCAAGUAUAUCGAAUUCCAAUGGGAAUAUUCAUAAAUUACGUCAAUUAUAUCAAAUUGCCGAUAUCAAUUAUUUAAAUGAAAAUGUUAAAUUGAAAAAAUCAGAUCAUAAACAAUUCGAUGAUGAUUAUUAUCAAUAUUUAUUACCGUUUAAGAAGAAGUCUUUAACAGGGAAUGUUAAGAUUUUAGGAGUAUUAUCAUUAUCAUCUCCUAAAACGAUAUAUCUGGUAGAUUAUAUCCCACCGAUCAAAUUCAGAGAUCCAGCUAAAACAUAUAGUACACAAAUAACCAUUCCAUUAGAGUUAUCUUAUGUGAUUGAAAGUCUUGGUGGAAGUGGAAGUAGUAGCGGUCUUGGUUCAUCAAGUAAAGUUCAAUUCCCAGAAAUAAAAUCAUUACAUGUGGAAUUGGUGGUACUCACCAUCAAAUCGAAGAAGUAUCCUAUUCCGAUCGAAUUCAAUCAUGAUUUAUGUUUCAAAGAUCGUGAGAUCUCAUCUUCGAAAAAUCAAGAGAUUGAUAAUUUCGAUAAUAUCGUUACGAAACAAUAUAAUACCUACGUCACUAAGAUCAGUCAUAUUAUUAAAACUUUAGGAAAUGAUUUAAUCAAAUUCGAAACGAAAUUAUAUAAAGAUAUCCGAGCCUUAUCCCAAUUACAAACGAAAUACAUUAAUUUAUCAAUUGUUGAUUUUGAUCUUUUUUCAAGACAUGAUAAUACUAGUCUUGGAUUACAAAAACUGAUUAAAACAAUCCCAUGGGAACAUGAAACAAUCUCCAACUCAACCACUUCAACUGUCAAUAAUCAUAGUCUCUACUCUAAGAAGUUUGAAAUUAAAUUAGAUUUAUCGAAUUGUCAUUUAAAAGGUAUGGAAGCUUUACAUAAUCAAGCUGGAUUUGAUUAUCUUACUUUAGUACCUAAUUUCCAAACCUGUCUUAUCUCGAGAUUAUAUUAUUUUAAAAUCACGGUGAAGUUAAUGAAUGGUGAAUCCUUGAUUGUGAAUGUCCCCUUAUCAAUUGAAAGAAAUUAG